ACAACCAUAGAGAUCAGCAAUAGAAAUAAAACGGAUAUUAACUCAAACACACUGGAAGUGACAGAUAAAAUUCAACAAUAUAUUGAUGCAUGCUAUGUGUUAGCGUCAGAAUCCUUCUGA